AUGUGGGGAAUCUCAGUCCUGCCGCUCGCCUUGGCUUUGCCAUGCGCCAAUGCCAUCACUCUGCACAAACGGCACGAUCCUGCAGUAUUCCAACUGCCGAUCGCCCGCAGUGAUCGACCUCAAACGUUGCAAAAACGCAGUUCCAAAGUUGCCAGCACGGCAUUAUACAAUGUGCAAAAUAUGUAUUACAUGGUGAACAUCACCGUCGGCACUCCGGCUCAGAAUCUCUCCCUUAGCCUCGAUACCGGCAGCACUGACAUCUGGGUUAACAUCCCAAAUUCCACCUACUGUGCGGCAGAUGAUGAUCCCUGCUCCUCUACUGGAUUAUUCAACUUGGAAGAUUCCUCCACCUUCAAAAUGCUGGAUUAUGAGAUGAACGCUACCUACGCCAGUGGAUUUUUGGCUGCUGGUCACUACGCCACUGACACCCUGGUCAUUGGAGGCGCCAAAGUGAAAGAUAUGGAGUUCGCGGUGGCGGAAAAAAGUCUUAAUCCCCAUGGCAUUUUGGGAAUCGGAUAUGCAGCAAAUGCUUAUGCCGCUACUCAUCUCCGCAAGGAAUACGCCAGCCUCCCGGAAGCGCUCGUUAAAAGCGGUGCUAUCAAGUCGGCCGCAUAUAGCCUGUGGUUGAAUGAAUUCGAUGGCACUGGGAACCUUCUUUUCGGGGGUGUUAAUAAAGCCAGAUAUCAAGGCGACCUUCAAACUGUGCCCGUUAUACCCAUACGCGACAACUACUAUUCAUUGUCAAUCGCCUUGACGGAUAUUUCUGUGAAGAACACCAAGGGCACCAAGAGUUUUGCAACAGGCCUUCCCUUGGCCGUCACCUUGGAUAAUGGGAGCCCUUUUAUCGUGCUGCCCAAAGAAGUGGUCGAUCCUGUUUACAAGGAAGUCGGUGGUGGUUAUUCUUCAACCGUCGGUGCCGCCUAUAUCCCCUGCGAUAUGUACACGGAAGAUUACAAUGUGACGUUUAGCUUCUCGGGCGCCAAGGUCACGAUUCCCAUCAGCAACCUGAUUUGGGAAAACACCGCUUACGACGGUUUCCCGAAAGAUACCUGUAUCUUCGGACUUUCCUAUGGUGAGCCCGGAGUGAGUCUUAUGGGUGAUACGUUCUUGCGUAGCGCCUAUGUGGUCUACGAUCUCGCCAAUAACGAAAUUUCUCUCGCAAACACCAACUAUGACGGGGGAGAUGAUGAUAUUCACGAGAUUGGCACGGGAACAGACGCGGUUCCCGGUGCGACUUUAAUGCCCUCUGCCGUCACCUCGGCUACGGGUCUUGACCCCAGUGCAACCGUAGUUUCGUCGGGCUCUUUGGGAUCCGAGCCCACUGGAACCACAGUAUAUGUCACUGGUACUAGUACUGCGACCGGAGCCGCUAACAGCGGUGGCGCCUCGAGCACCACAUCUACUGGAAUGGCGGCGAUGCCCACCAGUAAGCCGAAUCAUCUUCUGCCCGGUAUCCUUGGUGCUGGCUUGCUGCUUGCAUUAUAG